AUGCGCAGGCGUGCACUCUUGAGUCAGGAUUGGCGGGCGGCGGGGCGGGCGGGGCGGGACGGGGCGGGGCUUCCCGCUCGGCGCACGCUCAGUGGGCGAGGAGGGCGGAGCUGCCAGUGUCAGUUGGUCCCAGUGUCCCGGCUUCAGGCGUCCUCGGGAUCCCACCCCCUCCCGGCGCCUCCAACGGAAGACCAUUCAUCAAGGAUUUUUUAUCCAAGGCCUAAAAGUUUGUUAUCCAAGAUGAUGAACGCUGACAUGGAUGCCGUUGAUGCUGAGAAUCAGGUGGAACUGGAGGAAAAAACACGGCUUAUUAAUCAAGUAUUGGAACUCCAACACACACUUGAAGAUCUCUCUGCAAGAGUAGAUGCAGUUAAGGAAGAAAAUCUGAAGCUAAAAUCGGAAAACCAAGUUCUUGGACAAUAUAUAGAAAACCUCAUGUCUGCUUCUAGUGUUUUUCAAACAACUGACACAAAAAGCAAAAGAAAGUAAGGGAUUGACAUCCCUGUGUUUCAUGGAAUUGCUGCUCUCUCUCUUUUUUUUUUUUUCUUUAAAAUUUGGAUAGAUUCCAAAAGUUACAGUACCUUUGUUUUGUUUGUGGCUUCAUUGAAUAUUUAUGAAGAUAAUGUCAAAACUAGGCAAAAUUAACUGCAUAGCAGGAGACUUCCCUGAGUGUGUGGAUUAUGUUAGUCUAUGGAAAUGUGUAAAUGUAGACACUUUAUAAUUAGAAUUGCAUAUAUUUAUGAAACUUGAAGAUGAAUGUUUUACUGAAUUUUCUUUGCUAUAUAAAGUUAGCAAUGUCUUUUACUAUAGGUUUACUUAGUAAGACAUACAAGAAAAUAACCAUGUUGUGGAAAAGUGACCAAAACCAUGCACCGAAUGCACAGCUUUAUGUAUCCUGUCUGCCAUCUUGUGCCUCUUCUCCAUUUGCCUCCUCCUUCCUGUUUCCCUCCCCUAAAGAAAAAAAAUCAAAAAACAGUUUCACAUUUGUAAAAGUAAUUUUAAUAGUUAAUCACCUAUGAGAGUAACCUAAACUGUAAUUGUUGAAACUUAACCAAAAUAAGGUACUUUCCUAGCUAAGGCUUGUCAAUAUUUAGUAAUGAGACAGGAUUCUGGUUUCUCUUUAAUCAAUUGAAAUAAAUUAAGGCUAUAAAAAAUGAGGAUCUUUUCUUUGAUGCUGAAUUGUCAAAGUGAGAUUUGUUAAAAACUUCUUUUUGCACAAAAUAACCCACUGGGUAUCUGAAGAGAUAGGAACUGUGGUCAUAUUCUUUAGAAAUGGAGAACCUUGAGGAAACUAGAAGUAGGGUGGGAAAGAACUCGGUCAAAGUAAUAGCCACACUCAAAUGUUUUCACUCCAGAUUUCUGUGAUCUCUGGCACAGAGCAGAGCUUUUGGGGAAUAGGUUUGAGUGGAUAGAGUUUGACUGACCUUACGUUGGCCACAUUGGAGAGACCAGUCACAGAGUUUGGUCUCAGAUUUAUUUGUAGCACUCAGCAGAUUACCUUUUGCAGAAUCCAUUCAGAGAGUUAGUAUCAGAAUCUUGAAUAAAUGGGAGAGUUUUAUAUGUAGAAUAAUUGUAAUCUUACUCAGUAUUUUAUCUCACCUAUUCUCCCAGAAUUUUCUGUAACUUCAACUACUUGGUUUGCAGAGUCUUAGUUAUUCUAUAACAAUUUUUAAAAAUAUAGUUUGCAGAUUUCAUUUGGUAAAGAAAUCAAUAUCAGAAAUAAUAUUAAAAUGUUAUAAUAGGAAAAGAUUCACUUAAAUAGCUGAUGGUUGUUAGAUUUGAGCUACUUUUAAUCAUGGAAUAAUUAUGUAUUAGUGUAGGAUUUGAUGAAUGACUUUAGCUGUAUGAAGAUGUAAUGGUCAUACUGCAAACAUUUUGCAUCCCUUUUGUGGCCUAAUAUACAAAUAUUUAAAAUUGUGUUGCAAUUCUGCUUUGCCGUUUAAUAAAAAUC